AUGGAAGUAGUUUCAGCUCUCAGUCAAGAUUGCUGCGUUCAAGGCUUAUCACAUGACUUUGUGAUGAAGAAUCGAGAGGUGACCAUUAAGACUGUCGACUGGAAGGAUGGAGAAGGAGUGAUGCUUCCAUUGCAGUUAUAUCACACCACAGGUCCAUCUAUCUCACCGUUUAAGACUCAAACAGAUGAGUUGAAUAAGACCUUUUCCGAAAUAGAAUGCCUGUCGUUGGAAGAUGUGCGAAAGAAUCCAGCAGAUUUCUUUCUUUCCUAUUCGUCGCGGACGCAGAUGGAGGAACACGAUACACUUUCUGCUAGACAAAAGCUUCAACUGCUGCAAAAAAUUAAAGCUGAGCAAAAAGCUAGACAACCAGUGCCGCUAUCGGCUUUGCGGAUACUCUACUGUGACGCUGAUAUUUGUGUUGUGGACAAACCGAGUGGAGUCCUGUCGGUCCCUGGACAUCGUCGCAACCCAUCCUUGGCAAAUCUGGUCUAUGAUGCACUCCAACCAGAUAUCGAUUUGGAUCAGAUGGUGGUGCAUCGUUUGGAUAUGGCAACGAGUGGGAUACUCGUGUAUGCCUUAUCGCUUCCAGCCUUGUCCAAGUUGCACUCAGACUUUAAGAAUCGUCGAGUCCAAAAGACCUACCAAGCGCUGGUUCACGGACAUGAUACCAUUAAGCAACCCGAAGGGGAAAUUGAUGUGGAUCUAGAACGGGAUAUUAACAAUCCUCCAUUCAUGAGGGUGGCCCAGCCCAAACCAGACAGCAUUGGCGAAUUGGAUGCAGAAACCAGCAAUGGAGACGAGGAGACUGCCAAAGAUGGAGCCAAUGAAACUGCAAAGCGAAACCACAAACUCUUUCGAGUGGCGCCCAAAGAAAGUCUCACGACCUGGAGCUUGGCGGGCUUUGAAUACUUAGAUGGGAAUAAGCCUGUCACCCGUCUGAACCUAAGACCCUGGACUGGACGGACUCACCAACUUCGAGUCCAUUGUGCCCAAGCAUUGGGGACACCCAUUGUAGGCGAUGAAAUUUAUGGAAUGGAGGAAGACUCGGGUGAAUGUUCGAAACUUUGCCUACACGCCAAGAAGCUCUGCAUAUAUCAUCCCAUUUCGAAUGCACCGAUGGUAUUUGAAACUGACACUCCAUUUUGA